AUGUGGCAGUUGCGCGUAGACAGAGCGUCGAACCAGAAAAGAACUGGAGCAGGCGUCGUCAUCAUCACCCCAGAUGGAACCCUGCUAGAGCAAACUAUCACGCUUGGCUUCCCGGCUUUAAACAACGAGGCAGCGUACGAGGCAUUGCUCACUGGCUUGCGCUUGGCAAAGGAGCUAUCAAUCAAAAAGCUAGCCAUCUACUUAGAUUCCCAGCUGAUCACAAGUCAAGCCUUAAGAGAAUACAUGGCGAAGCACCAAAGGAUGAUCUUGUACCUGACAAAGUCCAAGAGUUGUUGA